GGGACUGUGAAUGCCCUCCACAGCUUCUUCCUCAUCCCUAUAGCCAGGCUGUGUGCCUGGCAUGUCACGGGUCUCCUCAAACCCUGACCCAGCCGUAGGAGGCAGCCCCAUUGCUGUAUCCGCUUUACAGAGGAGGAAACUAAGGCUCAGAGAGGCCCCCAGCUUGUGAAAGGAGCAUCUGAGGUAAGUGUGCCUGACUCCAAAGCCCGAGCUUAUCACCACUCCCCAGGACCCUGCUGGACCCCAGCCCUGCAGCGCCCACCCAGAUGAGGCCCUGGGAGUAGCACCCCUGGGUGGGUUCAGCAGCUCCUGCUGAGUCUGGCCCCCUCUACAGCUGGUCAGGGGUGGGGUGAGGCUAGGAAUACUGCCCAGUUCCCCACACUCACCUUUCACAACCCAACUGUUGGUGCCAUGGAGCAAGAAGGGCGAGAAAGAGGCCACAGGAAGCAGCGACACUGUGGAGGGGAAGGAGGGGCGGGGAGAGGAGGCCGGCUCAGCAGAGCCUGUGACCAGAGGGCCGCACAGCUGCAGGGCCAGUGUCAACAAGCUGGCCAAGGAUGGUGACGCCCCGGGCCCUGGCCGUCCUGCUUCUCCUGCUUCUCCUGCACCUGGCCUCAGGUGAGAAAAGAUCCACAAUCAGACAUGAAAUGCCACGAAAUGUCUGCCAGGGGCAAAUCAAUAAAAACCGGUAUGAUGACUUCAGCCUUAAGGACACUGCUAAGUGCUUCCCAAAAUGUACACAGUCGGGGAAUGAAUCCUGUAAUCUGCGAGACUUGCAGAGAUACUGGCUGAACUUUGAGAUCCAUCUGGUGGAGGAAAGUCAAACAGAGACAGUGAAUAUGUCUUUUUUGAAUGCUCUUGUCAAGAACAUCAGCACGGACAUCUUGGAAGACCUGCACUUCUCUCUGACCCCCUCUCAGAUUCCGAUGCAGGUGACGGAGGAGGAGCACCAGCAUCCUGACAGAGUCCGGCUGCCCAGAAGCCUUUUUGCAUCCCUGCAGAGCCGGGGGCCAAUGGUCCGGUUGGCCAUAACUGUCUUGGACGUCGGUUCGGGGAAUCUCUUCAAGGGUCCCCGGAUCAAUCUGGAGGACGGCAGCCGCGUGUUGAACAGUCGCCUGGUGGGCUUGAGUUUGGGUCAUAUACCUGUCGCUGGCCUGGCUGACCCUUUGGAGAUCACCUUCUCCCACCAGCAUCAGCCUCCUAACAUGACCCUCACCUGUGUAUUCUGGGAUGAGACUAAAGGUAGGGCCUGGAGGACCUUCUCUGGGUAAGAUGAGGGGAAGGUUGAUGGGGCCCUUGUUCCGGACGAUCACCCACAGAGGCCGGUUUUGGACCAGGCCACCGUGAAGGCCCUCACACUCAUUUCCCAGGCUGGCUGUGGGACCUCCAUGAUCUUCCUGGCCUUCACCAUUGUCCUGUACGCCUUCCUGAGAUUCUCCCGGCAGAGAUUCAAGUCUGAAGAUGCCCCUAAGAUCCACGUGGCCCUGAGUGUCAGUUUGUUUCUCCUGAACCUGGCUUUUUUCAUCAAUGUGGGGAAUGGCUUGAGGGGGUCCAAUGCCGCCUGCUGGGCCCGGGGAGCCAUCUUCCACUACUUUCUGCUCUGUGCCUUCACCUGGAUGGGCCUGGAAACCUUCCACCUUUACCUGCUUGUCAUCAAGGUCUUUAACACCUACUUCGGCCACUACUUCCUGAAGCUGAGCUUCUUGGGCUGGGGCCUGCCUGCCCUAAUAGUCAUUGGCACCGGGAGCGCCAACAGCUAUGGCCCCUACGCCAUCCGUGACAAGGAGAACAGAACCACACUGGAGCUCUGCUGGUUCCGUGAGGACACUGCCAUCUCUGCCCUCUACGUCACCGUCCACGGCUAUUUCUUCAUCAUUUUCCUCUUCAGCGCUGUGAUUCUGGCCCUGGUGGCCUGGAAGAUCUUCACCCUGUCAAGUGCCACAGCGGGCAAGGAGAGAGGGCAGACCUGGAAGGGGGUCCUCACCCUGCUGGGCCUCUCGAGCCUGACAGGUGUGACGUGGGGGCUGGCCAUCCUCACACCCCUGGGCUUGCCCACCACCUAUGUCUUUGCACUGUUCACCUCUCUGCAAGGCAUCUUCAUCUUCUGCUGGUUUAUUGUUCUCUACUUCCCAAGCCGGAGCACCACGACCUCGACUUCUGGCACUGCCCGAGUUGACCAAGCCCACACCAUGUCUCAAGCCUAGGGGGCUGCCAGGUGGCCAGGUGGGGCUGGCCCUGUGCUCUGGACUCAGCUGUGACUUGCUGUGUGACCUCGGGGCUCCCUGCUUCCUUCUGGGCCUCAGUGUCCUCCUCUGUACAGUGUGACUGGGGAACAAAGGGAUGGGAACAAAGGGGGACCACGUGGCUUCAAAGGUCUUAUCCAGACACACCUAUGGAUCUGAGAAUUCACAAAUCCAGGAUGGCAUGAGUCUAAAGUCCCCAUAAUCCUGAGACCCCCGCCGGGACAGAGUAACACCCUCACCCCGCCCCCACGCCCACCGCCUGCCUUCAGAACAAAGCAGUCUCUCUCUGCGUCACCAUCUUCUGGUCUCAGAAAGAGCCUGAGCCCAAAUGAGGAAGUCUGUCAUUGGCCCAGCUUCUUGAAGUAGCCCCCAGCCGCUCCCCUUCCUUCCUUCCCCUUCACUGCCCUCCCUCUGCUCCACCCUCUGGCUGCCUGCACCUGAGGGGGCAUUCAGGCAGCCGUUUCGCCUCAGGUACCAGGGCAGUUGUUGCCUAGAGGUUUGUUUGGGAGGCAGUUGGUCCUCCCAUCCAGCCUUUCCCUGGUCUUGGCCACUCCCAUCAGGGCCCAUCCUCAAGGAAGAGCCUCCACUGUCCUGGGGGCUGUCCUGGGGCACCAAAUUUCAAAGAAUGCCACUUACUCAGUGGGUGGUAUACCUCAAGCAGGCCCUCCAGUCCCCAUUCUGACCGCCCCCUGGGUGGCCUGACCUCUGAGCUGCUGUCCCAGUGGGGGGAGGACAGACGGUUCGGGCUCCAUGUAUCUGAGGGCGAGGAGCCAGUGCAGGGGGGCUGAGCUGAGCAGAGAGAGGGUGGGUGUUUCUUCUGGAAUCUGAGUCCUAUAGAACAGGGUUGGGGGGCACUUUGACAGCUUCCCUCACCGGUUCAGCCCAGCCUGAGGCCCUGAAUAAAUAUUUGUUGGCCAGCUA